AUGGCAACAGAGCCUCUGCAAUGCAAGAUCCUGGUGCUCCGGGUCCCCAUCCACUGCGAGGGAUGCAAGAAGAAGGUGAAGAGAGUGCUGCAGAGCGUCGAUGGCGUGUACAGAUGCGACAUCGACGCCCGGAGCAACAAGGUGACGGUCGCCGUCACGGGGAGUGUCGGCGGCGACGCUCUUGUGAAGAGGCUGCGCAGGUCCGGCAAGAACGCCGAGGAGUGGCCCGAGCCGCAGCAGCAGCAGCAGCAACCGGCCGACAGUACCCAGAGGUCCCAGACCCCCGAAGAAACCAAGAAGCAAGCCACUGAACCGGACAAGCCCGGUGGCAGUGGCACCGCCGAGAAGCCGGCGUCCGGGGACGCGGAGGCAAACUCUGCAGAGCAGAGCAACCCCAAGGCCUCCUCUGAAGCAACCGCCGGCGUGACCGCGACGCUGGCUCAAGACGGCACGGAGAGCACCAGUGCUGAUGCCGACGGCGCUGUCGAGCAUGCCACCAAGGAGGCCACGGCGGAGCAAUGCAGCGAUGCAAAGAGGAACCGGAAGCAGCAGCCGGAGGAGGUUGAGAAACCAGUCGAUACCAUGGUGGUGCUGACGGCAGCGUCGGCCCAAAGCAGCGAUGCCUGCAACUUGGCACCGCCCCUGGAGCAGCCGUCGGUGCACGUCCUCAGCUACAGCAUGGCGCGGCCGACCGUGAGCGCGGCAUCGUACUACGCCGCCGCGCCAGCCGCGAGAGCCCCACCGCCGCAGGAGCUCCCGUACACGUACCCGCCGUGCUGCUACUACCCGCAGCCGUCGCCUUACCACGGAAGCUGGGCGCCGCAGACGGGCGCGGCUUCGCCGGCGUACGACUCCUACAGCGAUCUUUUCAGCGACGACAAUGCCAACUCCUGCAUCGUGAUGUGA